AAUCUGACUAAAGUACAGACCUAUAUUAUUAUAUAUAUAGGAUCUGAUAACUCCCCAUAAGAGGUCAUGUUCUGGUGAACUUUGUAUUUGCAUAUUGCAUCAUAAUUUGAUCCAAUCAGAUAACGCGUUUCAAAUGAAGCGCGGUGUAUAAACAAAAAUGGCGGAUAUUGAACGAGUAGUGGAAGAAGUUUUGAAAAAAUUUGGCGUUAAGUGUUUAAAGGAUGAACAGCGGAUGAUUUUGGACUGCGUGCUUGAUAAAAAAGACUGUGUCGCCGUGUUACCAACAGGUUUUGGAAAAUCGCUCCCAUUUCAAGCGUAUUUGCCAGUGAAGAGAGCUUUACUCCGUGAUGAUAGCUUCGGGAAAGUAAUUGUUUGCUGUCCUCUGGUGUCUCUUAUGCAAGACCAAGUCAGAAAAUUAACUUCCAUAGGAUUAGUAACUGCUGCUUUUAAAGGCACAGACAAGGAGACCGAUGAAUUGAUACAGGCAGGAAAAGUAGACAUCAUCUAUGCAUCCCCCGAGUCAUUAGUUGGAGACAGCCAAUGGAGAUCAACAAUACAAAGACUUAAUGUAACUGUCAUCGUAGUUGAUGAAUUCCACACAGUUGUCACAUGGGGUGGUCUAGAAGCAGAUAAGGAGGAUAAAGUGUUCCGAAAGUGGUUUCGGCGUGUUGGAGAGAUCCGAUCGUACUUUCCUGAGGCAUCAUUAUUAGCACUAAGCGCGACUUGCACAAAGACAAUUAAAAAGAGGGUGAUAGAAGUUUUGGGACUGAAGGACUACACGAACAUUACAGUUUCCCCAAAUAAAGAAAACAUCAAGUACAUUGUGAAGAAAGUAGACCCUAACAUUGAAAGUUCUUUGUUGUGGAUUUUGGACUCAUUUCGAGAUUUAAAAAAGGAGUUCCCACGGACAAUAUUUUAUUGCAACUCAAUAAGAGAUGUUGGGCGUGUGUACAACUUCAUAGUGUCUGAACUAUCAGAUGUUACUAACAUUGAAAACAUGGUUGAAAUGUUUCAUUCUGAAACAACAGAAGAUAAAAAAAAGAAAACCCUUGAAAAAUUGACUGAGGACAGUGUUUUGCGCAUUAUUGUUGCUACCAGUGCACUGGGAAUGGGUGUAAAUGUUUAUGCAUGUCACAAUGUUAUGAUUUAUGGACCUCCUAGGUGUUUGAUAGACUUUGUCCAGGAAACAGGGCGAGUGGGAAGGGAUGGGGAACAAUCAUGUGCCUUUUUGAUGUAUUAUGGUCAACAACUACGGAAUGUUGACCAGGACGUCAAAGACUUCCUCACUUCAACUGAUUGCCGAAGAUUGCAACUGCUCAAGACAUUUCUUUCGGAGAGCGAGUUAAAGCUGGUACAAGGUACCAGAAUACAUACUUGUUGUGACAUUUGUGAUACAGGAUGUUCCUGUAAUUCAUGUUCUUCGACAAUUUUAGAAAAAUAUAUGACAAAUCUGUCUUUAGAUGAUGUACAUGUAAUGGAAACCUCAAGCAGUGACAGUGAUACUGUAUCAUAUGAGUAUGAAUCUGAUGAGGAUCUUGAUGAUAUUAAAUCAACUUAAGGUUCAAAUUUACACAAAACUUGUUAGUGUUUAUUUUUUAAGUAAAAAUUGUAUUGUUUACAGUUUCAUAACAAUGCAACAGUUAUCUAAUGAUCAGAUACAAAACUGUUUUAUCAGUCUCUAAAAGACAAUGUCCUGUUUUCUUCUGCAUGAUACUAAUUAUAAUUAUGUGUACCAGAAUGAAUUGAAGCAUAUAUAAAUUACAGAGUAAUGUUGGGAUUUGUGAAGAAACAGUAAACAACACAUUUUUUCUGGGACCCGUUUUCUUUGGGUUGAUCAAGUCUGGGGCAAAAAUGGUAACAAUUGGCAUUGUAGUUUUUAAGAAGUAGUUACAAAUGUAAAAUUGUUAAUGGAUGACGCACGACGACAAACAAAGACCAACAGCAAUGAGUAAUCAAAAUUUGAUUUUUAUUUUUUUUUUAAAAAUAUGGCCAACACCAAGUUGGAUCUUCAAAUAUUGUAAGUUAUCAAAGAUGUUAUUGAUUAAAUCCAUGUUUAUUCCAUUUGAAAAUUUAAUUACUGUACAUUG